AUGGCGUUCAGUCUGAGCCCCAAGACGCGGCUCAUCAUCACAAUCUCCAUCUCCUUCGCCUUCUUCGUGGCCGAGAUCACAGUGGCCUUCAAGACCCGCUCCCUCGCGCUUCUUGCCGAUGCAUUCCACUACAUGAAUGAUCUGAUCGGCUUCAUCGUCGCCUUAACAGCUAUAUCAGAGCGGGCGCGCUCCCCCGCUGAGCUCUCGUUCGGCUGGCAACGAGCCCGGCUGCUCGGUGCCUUCUUCAAUGGCGUCUUUCUCCUGGCUUUAGGAAUCAGCAUCUUCUUGCAGUCUAUUGAGAGGUUCGUCUCAAUUGAGCGUAUCGAAGAUCCGAGGCUGGUCAUGAUCGUAGGCUGUAUCGGCCUAGGUUUGAACAUCAUCAGCGCGGCAUUUGCACAUGAACACCACGGCCACGAUCACUCUCACGGACACGGCCACGAACAUGGCGAGGCCCAUAGCCACGACCAUGAGCAUGCGCAUGACCACGGCGAGGCGGCCGUGGUGAACCUUGAGCCUGUCAGGAACAGCAGCUCGAGCAGGGCGAAUCCCGUUCGAACCCACGCAGAGCACCGUCACAACGUGGCCCAGAUGAAGAAGCCCGGCCGCGACCUCGGCAUGCUCGGCGUCCUCAUCCACGUCAUCGGCGACGCCAUCAACAACAUCGGCGUCAUCAUCGCCGCCGUCAUCAUCUGGCAGACGCGUUCCGAGGCCCGUUUCUAUGCCGACCCGGCGGCGAGCAUGUUCAUCGCGAUCAUGAUCUUCAUCAGCUCCAUCCCGCUGACCAAGAACUCCGGGGCCAUCCUGCUCGAGAGUGCUCCUCGAGGUGUUGAGAUCGAUGACGUGAAGCAUGAUCUUGAACAGAUCCCCGGAAUCGAAUCAGUCCACGAGCUGCACAUCUGGCGGCUCGACCAGCAAAAGGCCAUCGCGUCCGCCCACGUCGUCGUCUCGGACCAGUCCAUGUCGAACUUCAUCGAGAAGGCCCGCACCGUCAACGAGUGCCUCCACGCCUACGGCAUCCACUCGUCCACCCUGCAGCCGGAGACGGCUGAAGACGCGGCGCAGGCACCCCAGGAUGCUGCCGCCACUGCUGUGACCGCCACUGCUUCUUCUGGCAGUGUCUCCGAGGGCGUCGGCGCUGCUCUUAGAAGGAGGAGGCUCGACCCCGCGGCCUGCCAGAUGAUUUGCAGCAACCUGUGUCACAACUUGAUGUGCUGCACCAAGAUCGAGACCUGA